UCGAGGCAAGGGCUCUCUACUCUCGCAGUGGCAGUUCGACUCUGGAAUUAUGAGCAGAGCUGGUCGAACCUGAACGCUGUUUUGAACAUUUAUUCCGAGAUCUAAGACCAUGGAGAUGGGAUUUCACAUCUUUUUAGCGCUCCUCGCCUCCCAGGCUGUGUGGGCUGGGGCGGAGGAGGCUGGAGCAGAGGAAUGUGUUCCUGGGUUCCAGGAGAAGAAAUACCAGGUGCAGUACAACGGAGGCUUCCAGAAAGAUCAGCCUCUGCUGCAAGUACUCUUUGAUGACUGCGCAGGCAACGAGGAUGUGGUGUUUGAGGUGUCCAACCCUGACUUCCUGAUUGACGAGAACCUGAACCUGGUUGCCCAGGGAGACGUGGUGAGCAGCGGGGCGGUGCUCUUCAUCCACGGCCUCAGCCCACACGCCGACGACAUGGCACAGGUGGACGUGAUCGGAGCCCCCGCCAGGCCUCCCCACACAGCACAGGUAAAUGGAAUUAAAAUAGCAAGACACAUGCCUGCGUCCCGACUAAGGAGAUCUCUGCUGGCCCCUGACAUGUAUGUGAUCGAGAACGGGCGCGCCCCAUUCCCACGCAUCAUCGGCAAGAUCAUCCCAAAUGAGCUACGAUCAGACCACACGUUUCGUCUGUCCGGUAUGGGUGCAGACGGAGACCCCGUGGGUGUGUUCAGCAUCAACCGGUACACGGGCGAGGUGUCCGUCACCCGAUCCCUCGACCGGGAGGUCAUCCCCAUCUACAGGCUUCAGGUGUCUACGGUGGACUUGAGCGGCCAUCUUGUGGAGGGGCCUGCGCCGCUGGAGAUUUCAGUGGUUGACCAGAACGAUAACCGCCCCAUCUUCACAGAGCUGCGCUAUUCUGGAGAGGUGUUGGAGGGCUCUCCCACAGGUACCACGGUGAUGACCAUGACAGCUGUGGAUGCGGACGAUCCCAACACAGACAACGCCGUGCUGCGCUACAACAUCAUCCGCCAGUCUCCCGACAAGCCCUCGCCCAACAUGUUCUACAUCGACCCCGAGAGAGGUGACAUCGUGACCGUCAUCUCGCCCUCCCUGCUCGACAGAGAGACUCUGCCCACCACUACCUACGAGCUGGAGAUCGUGGCCAAGGACAUGGCGGGCCUGGAGGUGGGCCUGAAGGGCACGGCCACCGCCACCAUCACCAUCACUGACCGCAACGACCACGCGCCAGAGUUCACCCACUCACUGUUCCAGGCCAUAGUAGAUGAAGGCUCGACUGGCGUGGUGGUUAACCUGACCGUGGAUGACCGUGAUGACCCAGCCACAGGGGCCUGGCGGGCAAUCUACUCCAUCAUCAACGGAGACCCCAACCAGAGCUUCGAGAUCACCACCAACCCCGACAACAACGAGGGCAUGCUGUCUGUCAUCAAGCCUCUGGACUAUGAGAGCAGAGCGCACCACACUCUGCUGAUAAAGGUGGAGAAUGAGGAGCAGCUGGUCCCAGACGUGGGCUACGGCACCAGCUCCACCGCUACGGUCACCGUCACCGUCCUGGACGUCAACGAGGGGCCCGUCUUCUACCCCGACCCCAUGGUGGUCACCAAGGAGGAGAACAUCUCCGUGGGCAGUUUCGUGGCCCUGCUCAAUGCCACCGACCCGGACCAUCGCCAGAAUCAGAGCGUCAGGUAUGCCAUCGUCCGAGACCCGGCUGGCUGGCUAAACGUGCACCCAGAGCGGGGAGCAGUCAACACCACCGCUGUGCUGGACCGUGAGUCGCCCUUCGUGCACAACAACCAAUACAGAGCCGUCUUCAUGGCCUACGACAACGGUCACCCUCCGGCCACUGGCACCGGUACGCUGGUGAUCACCCUGCAGGAUGUCAACGACAACGCCCCCACGUUGUACCCCUCGGUGGUGCGUGUGUGUGAGGACGCCAAGGAGCUCAACGUGUUCACACUCUCCGGCAGAGACAAGGACAUCUCCCCCAACGGCGAGCCCUUUAAGAUCGAGCUGGCAAAGCAGAACGGUCUGGACAAGACGUGGAGAACCACGAGGAUCAACUCCACACACUCAGAGGUGAUGCUGCUGCACAGCCUGAAGAGGGCCAACUACCUGCUCCCCCUGGUGGUGGCAGACUCCGGCGAGCCGUCGCUCUCCAACAGCUUGGAGGUCAAGGUUCAGGUGUGCACCUGCAAGAAGAACCGGAUGGACUGCAACGGCGUGGGGUCACUGCGCUCCGGCCUGCUCCCACUGCUCAUCGCCACCAUCACCAUACUCCUGUCCACUCUCAGUCUGUAAAUUCUGCUGACCCUAUCUGUCCUCUCGCAAGCACUGAAGACACCACAACCACCACCACCACCACCACCACCCUGCACCCCCUACGCUUUCAAGAUGGCGGAGAGAGAAGAGGAAGUGACCUCAUAACCUGUUCUAUUCUGAAGGAAGAAAAAAAACACAAACAAACAAAUAAGAAAACAACAAAAAACUGCAAACAAACUUUAGCUUUGGUAGCCUAGCUCCUGUCCA